GGCGGACGGCUGAAACUGGAAAAACAACAAAUAAAUUUCAAUCCCGAUACAAACAAAACGGCGACGCAAGCGACAGCGGUUGCCAGUUUUCACAUUCACCAUGACUGACGGAAAGCAACACGUAUCUAUUGUUAUCUGCGGACACGUAGAUGCCGGUAAGUCCACGACUACCGGUCAUCUGAUCUUCGCCCUCGGGGGUAUCCCCGAGCGUGAGAUGCAGAAGCUAAAGGAAGAGGCCACCCGUCUGGGUAAGGGUUCGUUCGCUUUUGCUUUCUACAUGGAUCGCCAGAAAGAUGAGCGUGAGCGUGGUGUCACCAUCGCUUGCACCACCAAGGAGUUUUUCACUCCUACCAAGCACUACACCGUUAUUGACGCCCCCGGCCAUAGAGAUUUCAUCAAGAACAUGAUCACUGGUGCUUCUCAGGCUGAUGUUGCUCUACUUAUGGUGCCAUCUGACGGUAACUUCAGUGCUGCCAUUGCCAAGGGUAAUCACAAGGCCGGAGAGGUCCAGGGACAGACUCGUCAGCACGCUCUUCUUAUCAACCUUCUAGGUGUUAAGCAGUUGAUUGUUGGUGUUAACAAGAUGGAUUGCGAUGUUGCCAAGUACGGUAUCGAGAGAUACACUGAGAUCAAGGAUGAGGUGGUACAUAUGUUGACCCGUGUUGGAUGGAAGAAGGAUUUCGUUGCCAAGUCCGUACCCAUCAUGCCCAUUUCAGGAUGGUGUGGAGAUAACCUUAUCACCAAGUCCAACAACAUGGAUUGGUGGAAGGGAGCUGACGUUCUUGUCGGCAAGGAGAAGGUUCACGUUGACUGUCUUCUUGACUGUCUUGAGUUCAUGGUUACCAUCCCGGUGCGUACCCCCGAUCUAACCAUGCGUAUGCCUCUAUCAGGAGCCUUCAAGAUCAAGGGUGUUGGAGAUGUUCUAACUGGACGUGUUGAGCAGGGAACCGUAAGGCCCGGAGAUGAGUGUGUUUUCCUACCCACCCAUACCCCCUCCACUGGUUGCACCGGAAAGGUGUUCACCGUCGAGAUGCACCACAAGCAGGUUGAGGCCGCUUACGCUGGUGACAAUGUUGGUCUUAACAUCAAGGGUCUUAACGCCAAGAACAUGCCUCGCGCUGGAGAUGUCAUGAUUCUAAAGUCCGAUAACACUCUAGGUCGAUGCAAGAACUUCACAGCACAGGUACAGGUUAUGAACCACCCUGGUGUACUAAAGGCAGGAUACUGUCCCAUUGCCUUUGUGCGUACCGGACGUUCCGCCGUGAAGAUGACCUCCAUUGACUGGAAGGUCGGUAAGGAGACCGGUGGCACCAAGGCCGAGAACCCCGCUGGUCUUAAGGCUAACGAGAUGGCUCAGGUUGUUUUCGAGCCCAUGCAGCCUUUCGUUGUUGACUCCUUCAAGAACUGUGAAGGUCUAGGACGAGUUGCCAUCAUGGAGGGUAACUCCAUCGUUAUGUUGGGUAAGGUCUCCAAGGUUGAGCGCUUAUAAGUAGUGCGCUGUUCACUUCUGUGAUGCGCGAAAAGUCGGGAUCGAUGCUUGAUACUUAGUGGGGGAACCUGAACGAGCGACGAUCAACCCGGCUGAAAAUAUAUUAGAUAUAGAAAGCCCCGUUCUACUUGGUCGAACUCUUAGUCAUAUCAACCUUGUGAUGAUCGCGGCAACUGCUUUAACUUCUUCUUGAAAAGUGGAUUCCCGUGUGGACUGUUGGAGCUGUGGGCUAUCGUUAGUGCGCGUUGUCAGCAUGCGUUGGUUAUCGAUAGUCUGCUCUCACGUCUAUGCGGUGGACUUUAGGUUUGCUGUAAAUCUGAGUUGUAAAUAAACGUAUCGACGA